AUGCCGGCCAGACCUUCAGAAAUAUGUCUGCGGCUGAACAUCGAAGCCUUGUGCGCCUACCUGGACGCGGAAAAGCCGCUGCUCCCCGAGCCGGAUGAAGUGCAUAGGUUCCUCGAUGCCGUCAACAAAUACGGGAAGCACUGCUCGAGCACCGGAGAAUUUUCAUUGAGCCUGGAAGAGCUCAAGAAAUCGCUACUCGACCCGGCGUGCCCCAAAUUCUAUCGGGAACGCUUGUCCAGCCCGUUCGUCCAGCUCUCCAUCUUCAAGAACUUUUCAAAUGCGUAUUUUCGGGUGCCGGUCGAGGAUUUCCAACUGGUGGUCGAGACGAUAAAUGACUAUGUCGUUGAGCGGUGGAAGCUGACGGCUUAUGCGGCGACGAAUGGGCGAAUUCUAGGCGAGAAGGACAUGAACGAAUAUUUGACGGCGUUUAUCCGCGAAUACGCCAAUUUCCCUGAGGAAGACGUCGACUACGCCCUCUGCAUCUACCGCUCCAAGUUCUCGUUUUGUUUGGAUGGCGCCGGCACCUCGAACUACCAAAUUAAGGACCUGUUAUCAAGCGGGCUCGUCCGGGAGAUGCGCGACUCGCUCGCGCUGGAUUCCAAUAAUUGGUUCUCAAAGACGAACCUGCUGCGGAUUCUCGGCGAAUUCCAGGCGCUUGACACGAAUCAGGACGGUCUGCUGAAUUAUGAGGAAUUGAAGGCGAUGGAAGACGUGAAUCCGGAAUUCGUGUACCGACUCUGCCAAAAGAAGAUGAGCUUCGAGAAUGAUGGAAUCGAUUUUGGGGCAUUCUGCACAUACCGGCUCGCGAUGGACAACCCACAUUGCCUCGCCACCUGCCGAUAUCUUUUUGACAUUUUCGACGGCGACGGCGACGGGCUGUUGACGAUUGAGGAUUUGAGAGCGUUACUCGUCGCGCUGCGGAAGAAGCUGUACGAGCGCGAGUACAUGGACAUUCCGAAAUCCGAUGACGUGCUCCUGGCUGAGAUGUUGGACUGCGUCGGGUGCGCCGAUUUACAGAGGAUGAGCCUCAAACAGAUUUGUCGAUCCGGGCUGGCCCAUGUGUUUUUGCGGAUUUUCGUCAACACUGAAGAGUUCAUCAACUACGACCUGCGCGAGACGGAACCGGAAAAGGAUCCGGCGGGGCCAAUCUCUUCGCGGCUGUACCCA